GCACGAUUGUAUUGUUUUUACAAUAAACACCAGAAGAAGUACGAAAACAAGCGAACGAAAAAGAAUAACAACAGCAGGCCGACGAAGACUUGUUAGCCCCCUGGCUAACAGAGAAGCUAACUGUUUCCUAGGAUAAAUGGGACAAAAAGAGACUUUAUAUUGAAAAUAUUGGACAUUUACUGGAGUCUUGUCGGUUUACAGUCUUUCUCGGACGAGCAAAUACGUCAAGAGUCGGCUUUCCACGCCAUCAUGUCUGUCAUCACAUGGGAGGUCGUUGGCGAUCACUUUCUCAUCAACCAAGUAAACAACUCCAUUCUUGACUGUAACGAAGGCAAUGCGGUGGAGGAGAAACUGGAGGAACCAGAAGCUCGAUUGAUUAAAGAAGAAGAGAUCGAAGUCUGCAUCAUUCAGGAUGACGAGCGGGUUGAUGUGAAGAAGGAAACUCGCACAAGUAUUCUGACUUCCACUUGUGAGGAAACGUUUCACGGUGAGCCAGAACUCCAGCAGAUGUUGGGGAGAAAGAAUGAACCAGAACAAAUCGAUAAGGAACCAGUUGAAGGCAGUGCCUUCCAGGAAGACGACCAGCGAGGAGUGAAGCAAGAGAUGGACACCUUUAUGGUGACACCUUCUUGUGAACCAGAACCAAACAGUGACAUCGUACACGACAGAAACUUUGCUUGUGAAGUUUGUGGUAAAUGCUUUACUAAAUCUAACUAUCUGACUGAUCACAUAAGAACCCACUCGGGUGAAAAACCCUUUUUAUGUCUAACCUGUGGGAAAGGUUUCACACAGAAAACUAACUUGAUUGUACACCUGAGAACCCACACUGGGGAAAAGCCCCAUUCCUGUCAAUUAUGUGGGAAGUCUUUCAGAGCCAGUGGCCAUUUGGCUAGCCACAUGAGAACUCACACGGGGGAGAAGCCUUUCUCAUGUUUGGUCUGUGGGAAAGGCUUCACCCAGCAAAGUAACUUGACUGUUCACAUGAGAACUCAUUCUGGAGAAAAACCUUACUCCUGUGAUGUUUGUGGGAAAGCCUACAGUGACAAAACAUACUUAAAUGAUCACAUAAGAAGCCACACAGGUGAGAAGCCUUAUUCUUGUAAAGUUUGUGGCAAAUCCUUCAGUAACCGGAGUCCUUUGACCAACCACAUGAGGACUCACACAGGCGAGAAGCCGUAUCACUGCAAAACCUGUGGUAAAGCUUUUAGCGACUGUAGCAAUCUGGCUAAGCACAUGAGAACCCAUACAGGUGAGAAGCCCUACUACUGUAACGUUUGUGGUAAAGCUUCUAGUGACAGCAGUAGCAUGGCUAAGCAUAUGAGAACCCACACGAGUGGGAAGCUUUAUACUUGUUAAGUUUGUUGAAGUUCUUCCCAAAAUAAUAAGCAGAUUACAUAAAAAUUCUGUUUAUUCUGUCUGAGCUGUUGAAUAGCUCCUAAAUCCAUCUCCAGGUGCCUAUCUGCUGCCGGAUGUGAGGUUCAUCUUGGACAGGCAACACAGGACAAACAACCAUCCAAGCAUCCAUUAUCAAACAUGCUUAUUCCCUGUGGGGUCGUGAGAGUGCUGGUGCCUUUCUCCAGCAGUCAACGGGUGAGAGGCGAGAUCACUGGACAGGUCGCCUGUCCAUCACAACUUUAUUUAAAUUGAUUAAUUACAUUUUUGGCAACAAAAAUAAUAAU